ACAGGGGCGGACUGACAACUCAUGGGGCCCCCGGGCAAUAGGGGAUCGUGGGGCCCCUGUGUCCUUGCCCACACCCAAAAAAGCCUAUGAAAAAGCCAAUGAAAGGUACCAGGGGUAUCUCAUGGGGCCCCCUACUGACCCUGGGCCCUUGGGCAGUGCCCGAGUGCUCGAAUGGUCAGUCUGCCCCUGGCUUCCCAAUUAACUGGGAGUCCUGAAAUAAAGACAGACACAGUUUUUGUUUUAUCCAGCUGUAUUUACUCAGUUCAACUUACAACAUCCAAGUGAAAGAUAUAACAUCAAUAUGUCAGAAA